GAUUUCUCUAUAAAUGCAGGAUGAAGGGCACUCCCUCCCAGCCCAUCCUCCUGUGUGACGCUCGCUCUCCUUCCUCUCCAUUUGUCUCAUCUCUCUCAGUCUCUCUGUUAAAAAUCGCCAUUAAAGUUCGUUGCAAGUUCUCACAGAUUCCCAAAAAAGAAGAGAAAAGUAAAGUUCCGUGGAAGUUCUCGAAGAUUCGAGACAAUCGCUGUGCCGAUCUUCCACAUAUUUCCUCACGUAUUGGUGGAAGAACGAAAUUGGAAGAACAGAAAAAAUGGCCUUGCAGCAAUACUUUGCACAUGAAUGUAAAUCCAUCCCGGGAACAGCAACAGAUUCAGAAAAUUCCAAAGCUGGCUUUGACUGCAACAUCUGCUUAGAGUUUGCACAUGAGCCAGUGGUCACCUUCUGUGGCCAUCUAUAUUGCUGGCCUUGCAUCUACAAAUGGCUUCACGUCCAGAGUGCCUCCCUUGCCUCCGACGAGUGCCCUCAAUGCCCUGUCUGCAAGGCUGAUAUAUCACACACCACCAUGGUCCCCCUUUAUGGCCGGGGCCAAACUUCUCCUGAAACCGAGCUUGAAGUAAAGGCACCCAACAGGGGAAUGGCGAUACCACCCAGGCCAUCAGCAUGUGAUACACAAGCUAUUAUAUCUAACACAUCUCCUACCGGUCAGCAACUUCCAUAUCGUAACCCUUAUCAAAACCAACAAUAUAGCCCUCCUCAUCCAUACGGUAGUUUUGGGGAACAUUCUUCCGCACCGCUGCUUAACCUUGGAAGCACAACAAUGGCAGGUAUCCACCAGCAUCCGGCGGUUGGGGUGUUUGGGGAAAUGGUCUAUGCAAGGGUGUUUGGAAACUCAGAGAGCUUAUAUGCGUACCCAAAUUCAUAUCACUUAACGGGAAGUAGCAGUCCGAGGCUGAGAAGGCAGGAGAUGCAGGCAGACAAGUCACUAAACAGAAUUUCAAUUUUCCUCUUUUGUUGCUUGCUUUUGUGCCUUCUUGUUUUCUGAAGGUAGAGUUUAGGUCAUUCUCCCUCUUGCCAUUUUGUAUACUGUAUAAAAAGGUUUGAACGCUUGUGAACAUACAUUUAGUAGAUGAAAUGAGAUGUGCAAUAUAUGAGGUAAUGCUAGAGAUUUUAUUAAGAA